AUGCGCACCCCUCGAAGUAACAGUCGCUUGAGCAUGAGCUCCAAACAUGGAGGAGGAAGUCGAGCCUCCGAUGAGGACGGCAAGACCGCCGUCAAAGUUGCCGUCCGUGUUCGCCCUGCCCUGAAACCUACCGACCCCGGUUACGAAUUAGUCCCGCAACGCUUCCAACGUUCCAUGGUCCACGUUACCACGCCGACCAGUCUAGCUGUCGAUGUCCCACAAGGUCGCAAGCUCUUCGUCUUCGAUCGCGUCUUCCCCGAAACCGUCGACCAGAAUGGCAUCUGGGAAUACCUCAGCGAAAGCGUCAAUUCCUUUGUCCAGGGCUACAAUGUCUCCAUUCUGGCCUACGGCCAGUCGGGAGCCGGAAAAUCCUACACCAUGGGAACCUCCGGCCCCAACGAGCAGAACAACCCCGAGGCGAUGGGAAUCAUCCCCCGCGCCGCCCAGUUCUUGUUUGAGAAGCUGGAAGGCCCGUCCAAACAUAAUCGCAACAGUUCCACGGGCCUACGCACCCCCCAGCGCUAUUCCAUAAGCUCGACCUCGAGCUUCGGAAAACAAAACAUGGACAAGAACUGGCAGAUGAAGGCGACCUAUGUCGAGAUCUACAACGAGCAAUUGAGAGAUUUGCUCCUCCCCGAUUCCACCCCUCUAGGAGACCGUCCAACUGUCACCAUUCGCGAGGACACCAAAGGCCGCAUCAUCCUCACGGGUCUCCAUCAGGUGAAUAUCAAUUCCAUCGAGGAUCUCCUCGGCGCCUUGAACUUCGGCUCCUCCAUCCGUCAGACCGAUUCCACCGCCAUCAACGCCAAGUCGUCCCGUUCCCACGCCGUCUUCAGUCUGAACCUGGUUCAGCGGAAAUCCGCCUCCAACGGCGUCACCUCGCCCAAGGAGAAGCGCAUGUCCAUGCCCGUCGAAAUCAUGUCUGGUGGAGACGCCUCCAUCUCAGUGGAGAGCAAGCUCCAUUUUGUGGAUCUGGCGGGAAGUGAACGACUCAAGAAUACCGGCGCAUCCGGCGAGCGCGCCCGAGAGGGUAUCUCCAUCAACGCCGGUCUCGCGGCGUUGGGCAAAGUCAUUUCGCAGCUUUCGUCCCGGCAGGCGGGCUCCCACGUCUCCUAUCGCGACUCCAAACUGACCCGACUCCUCCAAGAUUCCCUGGGCGGGAACGCGUACACUUACAUGAUCGCCUGUGUGACCCCGGCCGAAUUCCACCUGAGCGAGACCCUGAACACCGUGCAAUAUGCCCAGCGAGCGAGAGCCAUCCAGAGCAAGCCCCGCAUCCAGCAGAUUGCCGACGACAGCGACAAACACGCCGUGAUCGAACGCCUCAAGGCCGAGGUGGCCUUCUUGCGUCAACAACUGCGCAAUGUGGAGGACAACGACCGUCGCACCACGGUGCCGCAGGAGCGCGUGGAGCGCCAGAAUGAGAGGGAGAUCGAGCUUCAAAACCAGCUUCUCGACGUUCAGGAGAGCUACAACGCCCUCAGCCAACGACACGCGAAGCUGAUCUCCGAGCUGACCAAAGACUCGGAGCACGCGGCCGACGCGAACCCGGACGAUAUUGCCUCGGCCGUGGGCAAAAGCUCGGUAGAACGGUUGAAGCGCUCCCAUUCCUUCGCCGAGUCGGUCGAACAAGUCGUGUUGGAAUACGAGAAGACCAUCCAGAGCCUGGAGUCCUCCCUUUCCAACACCCGCUCCUCUCUGUCACAGACGGAAAGUACCCUACUGGAACGGGAGACCAAAUGCGCGUACGUGGAGACGGUCAACUCCCAGCUUCAGUCCCGCAUCCAGAAGCUGUUGGACCGGGAAUCCAGCACCGAGACAUACCUACAUGAGCUGGAGUCCAAGCUCGAUGGACAGUCCUCAGGCGAAGAGAAGCACGCCGCAAUUGUGGCAGAACUGCGCAAAGAGCUUAGCCGGGCCCGCGAGAGCGAGGCCAACUGUGAAGACUAUAUUAGCACCCUGGAAGAGCGUUUGGCGGAAGCCGAUCAGGACAUGGAGCUGAUGCAGCGAGAGGUGGAUCGUCUCGAGCAUGUCAUUGAGCGGCAACGCAGCCUCGGAAAGUUGGACCACCUCCUCUAUGAGCUCGACCACGUCCAACAAAAUGGCGUCGAGGAGGAUGCCCCAGAACAAGCCAAUUCCCACCCACCCCCUGUCAAGGGUGCUUACACCCCUCGCGCACGCGCCACAUCUCUCGACGUACUGAUGGAAGCCGCCGAAACCGCUAUUCCCGAAUCGGAUGAGGGUUUGGCCGAGCCCAUCCCCGAAACCGAUGAGGAUGGCCUUGCGGAGGGAGAAGCAACAGCAGAAACGGGUGAAGAUUUGGAGACACUGGAAAAAGCGACCAGUCGCCUGGAAUCCCAAAAGGUUGACGAUCAGGACCAGGUUUCUUCCCAGUCGAAGCAUGUUGCCGAUAAGCUGGAUACGGUCACCCAGGAGCUUCUCGACUUGCGUAUGCAACAUGAAUCGACCCUGAGCGAAUACGAGAUGCUGGAAGCGAAAUACGAGGAGGCCAUGAAGGCUUUGGCCGCUAUGAAACAGGAUGCCGCCGACGAAGCCCGUCAUCCCGUUACGGACAUCCCCAAUCCUGCCUCCCCCACAGUCACCUCCCGCCCGGUGUCUUUUUUAGAGGAUCGCAAGGCUCCCGGCGCGACGAAUGGAGCACAACACUCAUUCUCGCAGUCACUCUCAUCGGAGUUAUCCUUGGCCGGGGAGCCUGCUGCUUCGCACGCAUCGUCUAAUGCCAAGUCGGAACCGACCGAUGGACAUGUUGACCCUGCGGAAGGAGAUACCGCCGUCACCACUCCGGACGAGGUGGAACACAUGCGCCAGCUACUCUCCGAACACCAGGAGGGCGUCCAACUGAUGUCCCAGAGAUAUGCCGAGCUGCAAGCCGAGCACGAAGAUACUCUCAACCUGAUCGAAUCCUUGAAGGCAGAGCUGCAGCGGUCCAAGUCGACGUCUCCGCCUACCACCCCCGGCUUCAAGUCCCACGUCAUUCGGAGGAAGACCAGCCAGAGCCUGAUGGGAAAUGUCGACCGCGCGCACAGAUCCCUCGCUGCCCUGCGAAACAUCGCUGUGGAAGAGUUUGACAGCAAGCCUGACACAAUGCAAAACUUUGAGGUUCACCUUGACUCGGCAAUGCACGAACUGCACAGCCGCAUGGAACGCAUCCAAGCGUUGGAGGCGGAGAAUCAAAGCGUGAAGAAGGAGAUGGAGAUGAAAUCCACCAUCAUCUCCGGUCUGACUCGCGAGCGGUCCAGUUUGCAGGGCGGUGCUUCUUCCGUCGACAUGGGCCUUGUCUCGCAGUUGCGUGACCAGGUUGUCCAGCAGGAGAACAUCAUCAACGAGAUGAAGGAAGCCCACGAGACGAGACAGAAGCAACUGCUCGCCGAGAUUGAGGAACUGAAGGCUCUUCUGAAGACCCAGGAGGAGGCCGCUAGAGCUCAGGAUGCUGGGGCGGAGGAGCAGGACAAGAAGAUUGGCCUCCUGGAAGGCGAGUUGACCGAGUGGAAGGGCAAGCACCAAAGCGCCGUCGACUCUCUCCAAGCCUCGGAGGAGCAACUCAGCUCCACUCUGGCCGAACUCAACAGUGCGUUGGCUGCGGUGGAUGCCAUGCGGUCCGAGCGCGCUGCCGUGGACGAUAAUUCUUCUGCUGACAAGGCAGCGGCUGCGAAGGAGCUCGAGAACGAAAGGGCUCACCAGCAAGAAGUGGUUGAAAGUCUCAAACGCGAAAUCGAAGAGCACAAGGCCGCCUCCGCUGCUCACCAGGAGACCAUCGCCGGUCUUGAGAAAUCUCAUUCGGAGACCCAACAACAGCUUUCGGACCUGCUCGCCGCGAAAGACGGCAACACCACCGAUGUCGAAGGACAUCAGGCUCGUAUCGCCGAGAUGGAGCGUGACAUCGAAUCUCACAAGUCGCUUGCCGAGACCUACCAGAAGGACCUGGAGUCCUUGCGGGAAUCUCACAAGAAAGAGCUUGUCGAAUUGGAGGAACGUACCAUAGCUGCUGCACAAGCCGAGCAUGAGUUGCGUCUGGCGGAGAAGGAUACCGAGCAUGACGAAGCCAUGAAGUCUCUGAGGGCCGACAUCGCCGAAUCUCGGGACGAGCUAGCCAAGCUGCUGAAGAUGGUUUCGGGCCUGCUUAACUCGGAUGUUACUGCAGAUAACAUUGCCGACCAGAUUCAAGACAUCCUGACACAGAAGCAGCAUUUCUCUAACAAGUAUGCCGAGUUAAUGGAUACGAACGAGGACCUUCGUAAGCAGCUGGAGCUCAAGGGCAGUGACGCGAGGAAGCUGGAAGAGCUCACUCAGAGCAACUCCGCCAAGGAGGCAAAGGUGAAUGAACUGGCGUUGUUGGUCGCAACCCUGGAAGACACUCUCCAGCAGAAGGAGGAACAAGUGAAGAAGAAGGAGGCUCUGCUUGCGGAGGUCACUGCCGAGAAGCAGAAGAGCGUUCGUCUUGUUGAGGAGCUGGAAGAGCAGAUUACCAACAGCUUCGACCAGCACCACAACCGUCUUUCUGUCAUUCAGCAAGAACGUGACCAGGCUCUGGAGGACGCGAACGCUAAGAUCGUCAUUUACGAGAAGGAUAUCGAAACGUACCGCGUGCGCAUUGAGCAACUCGAGGUGAGUAGUCCCAUCAUGGAGAUCCCCUGUGCGCAGCGACUGAUCAGGCCCCAGCUCCAAUUGAAGAAUUCCUCAAACCAGGACUCCGCGCACGAUCGCAGUAGCUCGCUUACCUCCAAUCUGCGGAAGAGCUCUUCCGCUACAUCUCUUCCCUCCCCUCCCCCUGCAAUUCCCCUUCCUCCUCUUCCUACUAUUGCUUCCGCCGCCAAUGGCACCCCGAGCAGCGCCUCUCCCCCAAGCUCCCGGCACACUAGCAAAGAGAUCAUUAGCUCCCAGCUGGUAGAGGACCAAGAGGCACGCAUCCGCACCAUUGAGAAGCAUCUCCAUGCGGAGAAACAACUGACGGCCACUUUGGAAGAGGCCCUUGGAGACCUCGAGGCGCAGACGAACAAGGUCAAGGCGGACUGCGAAGCUUGGAAGAAGAAGGCCUGGCAGCUGGAAGACGAGCUGACCACUCUGCGGAAAGAACGCAAUUCCCAGCGUCUCUCUCUUCAAGCCGUUGAGGAAGAGAGGAACGCGCGCCGCGAAGCCGAAGCUGCUCGGGCCCAGCUUGAGGAGCGGAUGAACGCGCUCAACAAGAAGAAGAAGAAAAGUACCCUCAACUGCUUUUAA